AACGCGACCAUCAGAGGUUGUUUUCCAGUGCUAGCCAAUUAGCAACAUAGCUAGCAGUGAAUUUGUGUCUGGCGCGUUAUCUGGUGAUAGGUACAGUUUCCCUAAUUUGUUUUGAACGAGUGAAGGAGUACGCAUUCAUUGGUGAUAUUAAUGAACGAUCUUUACGCAUCGACUUGUUUUAAGAAAAAACGCAGUUUGGUCGGGACUUUGGUUCUUCGGAUCGCAGUGUUGCGAGAUUUCACAGUUUGUAGAGCAUGAGCACACCAUGAAGCGGCGCUUGGAGGAACAGGACACAACUGUUUUUGCGUCUCAACAGCGUCGACUCCCUGGUAGUACUGACGGAUUCCAACAUCGUGUCCUAGCCCCAGCAACAGCUCUGUACGAGGCGGUUUCAGACAACAUGCAACCGUCCUCUGGCAUGCAGUAUUCCGUCCCUCACGGGUAUCAGGUUCCAAUGGCCCAGAGUUCAGGCAGUCAUGGUCACACCAGUAGCCCGGCGGUCCACAGCGGGCCUCACCACCACACCCCUGCGGUCCAUCCCCAGGGGCCUGCUGUGGGCCCAGCACCCCACCACGCUCCAGCCUCUUCAGCGCCUGCACAGGGCCAGCAGCAGUUCCAGAGACUCAAGGUCGAGGAUGCGCUGUCCUAUUUGGACCAGGUGAAGUUACAAUUUGGAAAUCAGCCUCAAGUCUAUAAUGACUUUCUUGAUAUAAUGAAGGAGUUCAAGUCUCAAAGCAUUGACACUCCAGGAGUCAUCAGCAGAGUGUCACAGCUUUUCAAAGGCCACCCAGAUCUUAUCAUGGGUUUCAACACUUUCUUGCCCCCUGGCUACAAGAUCGAGGUGCAGACCAAUGACCUGGUCAAUGUGACCACCCCGGGUCAAAUUCACCACAUCACCCCCCAUGGGAUAUCGGUGCAGAACAUUCUGCCUCCGCCUCACCAGGCCCAGCCGCCUGUGCCCACCACCACCGCUGCCACCACAGUCACUGGUCAGCCAACUCCAGCCAAAAUCAGCAAGCCCAUGCAGUCUCCAGCCUUGACCCCGACCAGUCAGCCCAACCCGUCCAUCCCUUCCUAUGCGUCGCCGCGGUCGCCCUCAGUCCAGCCCCACACGCCAGUGAGCAGCACGCCAGCCAGUGCCCCGCCCCUACAGAACAACCAGCCGGUGGAGUUCAACCAUGCCAUCAACUACGUCAACAAGAUCAAGAACCGCUUCCAAGGCCAGCCAGACAUCUAUAAGGCCUUCCUUGAGAUCCUGCAUACUUAUCAGAAAGAGCAGCGCAAUGCUAAGGAGGCUGGGGGGAACUACACUCCUGCACUCACAGAGCAGGAAGUCUAUGCCCAAGUGGCCCGCCUCUUCAAGAACCAGGAGGAUCUGCUCUCAGAGUUUGGCCAGUUCUUACCUGAUGCCAACAGCUCGGCAUUCAUUAAAACGAUUUUCCCCCCGCAGCUGCUGAGCAAGACGACUGCGGAGAAGGCGGAGUCGGUGAGGAAUGAUCAUGGCGGAACAGUGAAGAGGCCCCAGCUGAACAACAAGCAAAGGUUCAGUCAGAAUGGCUGUCAGAUCAGAAGGCAUGCUGGGCCCCCCUCAACUCCCCCUGUCAAGAAGAAACCAAAGUAUUUUGGGAAAGAUCCUCAGUUGGCAGAGGCAAGCAAACUUGGUGGUGGAACAGAGUCUAUGUUCUUUGAGAAGGUGCGGAAAGCCUUGCGCAGCAAUGAAGCCUAUGAAAACUUCCUGCGUUGCCUGGUCCUCUUUAAUCAGGAGGUUAUCGCUCGAGCAGAGCUGGUCCAGCUGGUCGUUCCCUUCUUGGGGAAAUUCCCAGAGCUCUUCACCUGGUUCAAAAACUUCCUGGGCUACAAAGAAUCCACACACAUCGAGAGCUUUCCCAAGGAGCGGGCCACCGAGGGCAUCGCCAUGGAGAUAGAUUAUGCUUCCUGCAAGAGACUGGGCUCAAGUUACAGAGCAUUGCCCAAGAGCUACCAGCAACCCAAAUGCACAGGCAGGACCCCACUUUGUAAAGAGGUGCUUAAUGACACUUGGGUGUCAUUCCCCUCCUGGUCUGAGGAUUCUACUUUUGUGAGCUCCAAGAAGACCCAGUAUGAAGAACACAUAUACAGAUGUGAGGAUGAGCGUUUUGAGUUGGAUGUGGUGCUCGAGACCAACCUGGCCACCAUCCGUGUCCUGGAGAGUGUGCAGAAGAAGUUGUCCCGCAUGUCUGCGGAGGAGCAGGCCAAGUUCAGGCUGGACAACACCAUGGGUGGCACCUCCGAGGUGAUUCACCGCAAGGCCAUCCAGAGGAUAUAUGGGGACAAGGCUCCGGACAUCAUCGACGGCCUCAAAAGGAACCCAGCAGUCUCCGUCCCCAUUGUGCUGAAAAGGCUAAAGAUAAAAGAAGAGGAAUGGCGGGAAGCCCAGAGAGGCUUUAAUAAGAUCUGGAGGGAGCAGAACGAGAAGUAUUACCUGAAGUCUCUCGACCACCAGGGCAUCAACUUCAAACAGAACGACACAAAGGUGUUCCGCUCCAAAACGCUGCUCAAUGAGAUCGAGACUUUGUACGAUGAGCGGCAGGAGCAGGCGUCCGAGGAGGGCGGCCCCACUCCCCCCCCCACCGGGCCGCACAUGACCCUGCCCUACGAGGACGGCCAGAUCCUGGAGGACGCCGCCGGCCUCAUCAUCCACCACGUGAAGCGGCAGGCCGGCAUCCAGAAGGACGACAAGCACAAGAUCAAGCAGGUCAUCUACCACUUCCUGCCCGACAUGCUCUUCGCGCGCCGCGUCGAGCUCUCGGACGCGGAGGAGGAAGAGGAGGAGGAGGAAGAGGAGGACGGCGAGGCGGGAGAAGACGGCAACGCCGCCACCAAGCGGCCCAACGGCACGGCGGCGUCCGGCGGCGGUCAGCGCUCCAAGCUGCUGUUCGGCGGGAGCAGCGCGGCCGCCCAGCGGGGCUCCGGCAGCGGCAGCGACGAGGCCUACAACCUGCUCUACGCCAACAACAACUGGUACGUGUUCCUGCGGCUGCACCAGAUCCUGUGCGCGCGCCUGCUGCGCAUCUUCAACCAGGCGGAGCGGCAGAUCGGCGAGGACUCGCACGAGCGCGCCUGGGAGCGCGAGGUGCUCGGCCUGCGCCGAGAGAAGGGCGACAGUCCCGCCAUCCAGCUGCGCCUCAAAGAGCCCAUGGACAUGGAGGUGGACGAGUACUACCAGGCCUUCCUGGAGAUGGUGCGCAACCUGCUGGACGGCAACAUGGAGGCGUCCCAGUACGAGGACUCGCUGAGGGAGAUGUUCACCAUCCACGCCUACAUCGCUUUCACCAUGGACAAGCUCAUCCAGAGCAUCGUCAGGCAGCUCCAGCACAUCGUGAGCGAUGAGAUCUGCGUGCAGGUGACGGAGCUGUACCUGGGCGAGUGUGCCAACCGCGCCACCGGCGGCCCGCUGGCCAGCCAGAGCUCGCGCAGCGCCGCCGAGGCCACCUACCAGCGCAAGGCCGAGCAGCUCAUGUCCGACGAGAACUGCUUCAAGUUGAACUUCCAGAAGAGCAGAGGGAAUAUUCAGCUGGCCGUGGAGCUCCUGGACACGGAGGAGGACAACUCGGACGAACCCGCCGAGGCAGAGCGCUGGUCAGACUACGUGGACCGUUACCUGAACUCGGACUCCACCUCCCCUGAGCUCCGGGAGCACCUCGCUCAGAAGCCUGUGUUCCUCCCCAGGAACCUGCGGAGGAUCCGUAAGUGCCAGCGUGGUCAGGAGAUGCAGGAGCGGGAGGCCAAGGAGGCUGCGAAGAAGUCCGCCGAGACGGCCGACAGCAUGAAUAUGGAGUGCAUGUUCAAGCUCAACUCCUACAAGAUGGUGUAUGUCUUCAAGUCAGAGGAUUACAUGUACCGGCGCACUGCCUUGCUCCGAGCCCACCAGUCUCAUGAGCGGGUGAGCACUCGCCUGCACCAGCGGUUCCAGGCGUGGCUGGACAAGUGGCGGAAGGAGCAUGUGACGUCCGAGAUGGCUACCGACAACCGCAAGUGGCUGAUGGGUGAGGGCCGCGAGGGUCUGCUGUUGCCCUGCAAAACCACCUGCCACCCCGAGGUGCUGCACUUCGUGGGCAUCAACAAGUACCGCGUGAAGUACACCUCACCGUGAGCCACAGCCUGCCGCAGAGGGGCAGCAUUUUUAACAACGAAAAAAACAAAAAUUUUAUGGAUGUGAAGUAUUAGGAAGUUUUAUGAACUCAAGUUACACAUUUAUUUCUGUAUUUUCAGUUUCUUUUUUGGUUUUGUUAUUUCCUUUUUUUUUUUUUUUACGUUGGAACUUCGAUGGCAGGCUUUUUGGAGGGAGGGGCGGUGGGGGUAGAGCCAGGGUGUCAGGGGGGAACAGACUUUUACAACCUGUUGUUUUGGAAUCUCCCUAAAAACUCCAAAACUAAUUCAAUCGAUGGGUCCACUGCACCGUGCUGGAGGGGUUGGCCUCCUGUAUCUUUUGAUUGUGAUUGUGACGCUACACGAAUGAAGUGCAACUUAAGUACCAGCUCUUCGGGGGGGCAGCGGCCACCUGCUGCGUGCACCUCAGCACUUCUAAAGGACACUUCACCAUCAGAACACACGCGACUUCCACAGGCAGACUUGUCCAUCACUCCUCCAGACUCAUGGUGUUACUGAGUGGCUUUUCCUUUCAUUUAUUUUUGUACAUAGUUCUUCUUGAGGGAGAGAGAGAGAGGAAAUGUAGAUUAGCAAUACUAUAUCUAAAAACGAGAGGUUCCGACAAGCUGCCUGUUUGGAGAGCAAAGGUCAAAGAGACGGCAUUUUCUUCUUUAUUGUCUGUAGUCCCACAUCGCAAAUGCUGAUGGGGGGGAAUGAGCUGUAUGCACUGUUUUGUUUCAUUGUAACAGCAUUUUUUGUAUGUAUGUAUGUAUGUAUGUGUGUGUGUGUGUGCGUGUGUGUGUCUGUCAGAUCAUGCUACAGUCUCAACUUUGUGAAGCUAUGUAGAGGCUGUGAUUUCUAAAUCAAACUCUCGCAAAUCUCUUGCCGCCCUCGUGCAGAUGUCUUUAGUUACUGUCAGUGUCCCAUGCCAAUCAACCAGCGCAAACAUGCCAACCAAGAACAAAACAGAUAGAAAAGCUACAGGCUGCUGCCCCCGUGUAAAUAACUUGUACAUAGACCCAACUGUUUAUAUCAGACUUUCAUUUCAAAGUAGUAGACCCUAACUGACCGACUGUGGAUAUCUUGGAGAUGUGGCUAAGGCUGGUAAAGUAUGUACAAUGAAAGAUCAUUUAUUAGCAUUUUUACCAAAGGGAGAUUUGUUAUUUGUCUGGUCUUUUCCUUUUUCCUCUUUUACUGUAUUGUCACGUAAAUGUUCCUUUGAAAGCAUAGAGAAAAAAAGUCCAGCAUUUUUUAAAUGCAAGUUUUAUAGAAUGCCUUUUCAUUCAAUUUCUAAAAUCCUGUUUUUAUUCGAAGCACUGACACCACUAACAUUUUAAAUUCUUAGCAUCUUAUGGUGUAGAGCUAAGAAAGUCCUUCUGUACCCUCCAGAUCUAUAUAUAUAUAAACAUACAUAUAUAUAUAUAUGUGUGUAACAUGUUUAAAAAAAAAAAGGAAAAAGAAAAAGCAGGCUGACUAGCUCACUGUGGAGAUCGAUUACUGCAAUGGAGGCAUGUCUUUAUGUGCAAAUGUAUUGCCCUUUCAUUCAUUUCAUUGUUGUUUAUUAAAUAAAGUGAAAUUGUAGUAGUUGA